UCAUCUCCACCGUCCGUCCGCCCCAUCCCUUAACCAGAAAUCGUAGUGUCUGCUAAAAGUCGAAGCGCAACUGGUUUAUCUACAGACAACAAUGACGGUGGUCGCCGGUUGCUCCUCCUGUGCUCUUCCGAGACCAAUCUCAACUCCGUCUCACCGGAUAACCUACGGGAAGCUUGUUCCUCUUGUCCACAACUUCAGAACCUCCCAUGGAGUUUCACUGUGCAUCAAUGCUAUGCAAAAGAAGCUAGAUCAAUGUGCAGCAUCAACAACAAAUGAAACUGGUCAACAAUUCUAUGGCCCCUUGGGUUUAAACCAGAAAUUGGGAAUGGGAAUGGGGUUUGUAGGAAUCAGUAACGCAUUGUUAUUAGCUACACCUUUAGACGCCAUGGCAGACACCUCUGAUGCAACCCAGUCUAUCUUUAACAUGAACAUGCCUGUGUUAUUACUUGUUGCCCUCAUUGGAGCCACUGUUGGAGGAUUACUUGCUAGACAAAGAAAAGCAGAAUUACAGAGGCUAAAUGAACAGCUUCGCCAGAUCAAUGCAGCCUUAAAAAGACAAGCAAAGAUAGAAUCAUAUGCACCUGCUUUAAGCUAUGCUCCUGCCAUUAAAAUACCUGAAAAUGAAGUCUUUGUUGAUCCAAGAAAGCAAGAGUUGAUAUCUCAUCUCAAAAACGGGAAAAACUUUCUCAGAAAUCAAAAACCAGAAAAUGCAUUCUUUGAGUUUAAAACCGCACUUGAGCUUGCUCAGAAGAUUAAAGAUCCAAUCGAGGAAAAAAAGGCUGCAAGAGGACUAGGAGCAUCAAUGCAGAGGCAAGGUAAGCAUCGAGAAGCCAUUAAAUACCAUUCGAUGGUUUUAUCAAUUUCAGAAAGAGAAGGUGAGGACUCAGGGAACACAGAAGCGUAUGGAGCAAUAGCUGAUUGUUACACUGAGCUUGGUGACUUAGAAAAAGCAGCAACUUUCUAUGAUCAAUACAUUGCUAGAUUACAAGCGGAUUGAUGAUUGGUUCAUCUGUUUCUUUACCACAUCAUCAUGGAUGGAAGUUUUGUAGUAGAGGCUUGUAAUUGUUAAUGGUUGUUUCCAACUUUCUUGAAAUUUAUGUUUUUCUUAAUGAUUUAUAAAGACAUUAUGGAUGAUA